UUUCCUUUAAUUGAUUUACGGACACUUGAAAUUUAAUUGUCCACUUUCCGAAGUCGUUUUACUUUGUUAUAGUCAGAUGUCCUUUGACUUGCUUUAUAAAUUAAUUAUGUUUUCGGAUAAGUAAACUUUAAGUAAAUUGAUGGAACCUACAAUGUGGCGACUACUAGCAGCCAGUCAGGAGUUCUUGUGUACUUUGGGGCUAGUUAUGCUAACUUUGAAUAACGUCUGUUCCUCUGAAAAAACACUGAAUGAUCAGGAAAUAUUUAUCGCAGAAAACGAUGACGUAAAGGGUCUGGCAGUUUCGCAAACAGGAAAUGUACUUGUUGCUACAGGCAAUGCAAUCUAUCAAUAUAGACAUAAUAGUAUUUCAUUCGAUGAUUUAGUCUCUGAGAUAGAUAUAGUUGAGGAUAUUUCAAUAUUUACACUAUUUGACUAUCAGGGAGGUGAAUAUUUAAUUCGCUGCAACGACACGGCAUGUUUCGUACACAAUGCUUCAAACAUACAGCAACUUUGGCUGACGCAGCCGUUAGACAACCCUGCAGCGUUCGGUCACUCGCUGGGCGGCGAUUUUUCAGCACAUGUCGUCUUUAUGCCCUGCAAAGGAAGAUAUUGUAAUCUUUACUCGGCAAUUAGCGGAAGCAGGGGAACUGAAACAUUUUCUGAGAGAACAUUUCAAUUAAAAGACAACGUUUUUCAUUUCGACCAUGGUCAGCAUAAUCGAAGUCGCUACAUCAAGUCUAAACGUGGUACGAGAUUUGAAUUUAUAUAUGCAUUCUAUUCCAAUAGCUCUGCAUACUUUUUAAGGAAUACACUUUCGGAGGAUGGAAAGAAGAUAGCAUAUAUUAGCCAAAUGUGCAGAAACGACCGAUAUUUCAGGUCGUACAUGGAGAGCAAGCUUGAAUGUAACGGUUACACAACACUGAUUGCAGCACAAUUUGUCAAAACAGGACAGACUGCUUUCCUAAUAGCGUCGUUUAGUGGAACGCAGUCAAAGUAUUCUGGAUCUAUCAUGUGUAAGUUUCCAAUUGGCUUGGUAGAAAAAUACUUCAUAGAUGAGCAAGAGGCAUGUUUUAGGGGUAGAAACGGCACGUUUCCAAGUUGGAUUAAUGGCUCUGAAUCUUCAUGCACCGAAUCACUGCCCAACAAGUUGAUAAUAUGUGGCUAUACGGAUAAAAAUAGAAGAAUCUUAUUUGAUGGCUCUCUUAUGAAUGAAAAUAACAAAGAUUCUUUCCGUCUCUCUAUACAUGAAGAGGAAAUUACGUCGUUUCUGAUGUUGCCAUUUGAACACUCAUUUCUUGGCUAUAUUGGAACAGACACUGGCUUUCUGGAAAAGGUUUUGUUUUAUCCAUCGUUUGGUAAAUCAAUAACGGUGUUUCGAUCACCUGUAUCGAAGGACCAUGGUCGUAUAAGGAGUUUGACUCUAAGCGAGGAGAAGAACAAUCUAUUCUUUAUUGAAGAACAAAAAACAAAGUCUCACUUAUAUAUGAUUAAAACAAAUGAAUGCGGGGUGCAUAUCAAUUGUUACAGCUGCCUGACAGACGUGCUGUCCUGUGUGUGGCUCCAGCGCACCGCCAUGUGUGUAUCGAGAGACAACAAGACAGAAACAUUGGCCUUUGAACAUUAUUGCCCACCAGUGGUUGAUGGCGUAAGUCCGCUUAAGGGGCCGACAGAGGGAGGCACGGUGCUAACUCUGACAGGUUUGAUGGACAACCCAGCAUCAUAUGAUUCUCCAAAUCAAGAAACACGACUACAUGUUAGUGUCAUGGUUGGCGAAAUACCAUGCAAUGUCAGCAACGUUGCACAAUUUCCUAAACGCCUGGAAUGCACCAUUUCAAAUACGUCGUCUGAAGGAUCUCUUAACAUUUCUCUUGAAAUGAAAAAUAACGGGACAAAUGGAGACAUGUUCCAGUUGAAAAAAUCGCGGGGACUUGUUCUUUACAAACAGAAUUUCGUCUUUGUGGACCCGAUGUUGUAUCAUGACGGUAUUACGGAUCACAGUGUUAAACUGUCGGGCAAUAUACAACUUACCAUUCGAGGUGAAAAUUUUGACAUAGGUAGCAACAGACGACUUCUAAUCGGUGACAAGGAAUGUCGCAUCACAAAUCUGGAUCAGAUAAGCAAGAACGAGGUUUCAUGCUGUGCGCCGAGUUUUAAUACGAACGGAAAUUAUACCGUAGUUUAUGAGGUUGACAAUGUACGGGUAUACGGACCUAACAUAACUUACACACCUGAACCGGAGAUCAUUGAUAUCCGCCCUAGCUCUUCUAUUGUAAGUGGUGGGGUAACACUGACAUUGACAGGAAAGUACCUGGAAGGCUUUGGAAGUAAGUGUAAACUUAACCUGGAGAACAACAAUAGUACAUCUAUGAAUGAAAGUUACUGCAAAAUUUCUUACGAAAACGACACUGCCUUGAUGUUGUGUAAAUCUACAGCCCUUGAUAGCUGGAAUAGCCUCCCAUAUAUAGCAGUACCAUCUUUGAAUAAUACAUAUGGCAAAGUUAUCACAAUUCGCACACAUCCAAUUAGUAUAGUUGAAGAUCCAUUCAUGUACCAGACCGACAAAAUUCUUUCAUUCCCGGUUGGCACCAAUCUUACUAAAUUAGAUUUUCAGGUUUGUGUUUAUUGUGAUUUAUUGAAUGUUUUACAUGUGUAUAUGUCUAUUUUUAGCAUUUAGAAAGAGAGGGAAUAG